AUGACAGAACAAAUCAUGAAAGAGGAGACAACAGCUUUAAAUUUCUUUCUAAAUAAUAUGGAUAAGUAUUUAGCGAAAUCAGGUGUCUCUGCAGUGCUGAGAAAACGUUUAGAAGAAAUGCAUAUUGACAAUGAACGUUGUUAUAAAUUGUUAAAAGAAGCUGAACAACGUGCAAAAGACAAGAGAAUAGAAGAAGAACAAAAAAGGCAACAAAGACAAGGUGUAUUAAUGUCAGAUGAAGAGUUAUCGAGAGAACUUGAUAUGCGACCUGCUUCACCACCAACUAAAGCAUUACUUUAUGAAGGGACUUCACAUGAAGGUAAAGGCAGGUGA